GUCCGCUUUCGGAUGGCAGAGCAGAGAGAGGAGGAGCUGCAAGGCGGCCGGACCCCCGCGGACCCCCAGGGAGCCUCCGGGCCGGCGAGGAGGGAGCCCCGGGGGCCGCCCGCCCUCCGCCCGCUGGGCGCCCCGCUGCCCCACAGCAGCCUGGCCCUGGGCGCCGAGGUGCGGGCCACGCGCGAGCGGGCCUUCGAUGCCCGGCAGGCGGCCGAGCGGCUGGUGCAGCGCUCCUUCGUGGCCCGGGGCGCCGCGGAAGCUCACGUGGGCGAGGGGCUGAACAUUCCCCGGGACCAGCAGCUCUACCGGGGCCUCAUCAGCCUGCAGGUGCCGGCCGACGAACUGCUCAGCUCCGCCGCGCAGGAGAGACUCGCCGUCGUCCAGCACCAUCCCGGGGACCGAAAGGAAGCGGCCGGCGAAGGGCCCGACUUGAUGGCCUUUUACAGGGCAGAGGAGCUGUUCACGGAGACCCCCUUCCUGGAGGUGGGGGGGCUGCCCCCCCUGAAGCUGCAGGCCCAGAGGCGCCCCCCGGCCACCACCUUCCUGAUGUACCGGAAGCUGCAGCAGUGGGCGAGCUGA